UUUUGUUGACUCCACACGACCCCAUCUUCCUUAUUUCCCCGUUCAUAUUAUCCUUUUUCCCACCUAUCCUAUUUUGUUCUUUUAUAACCGCAAAGAAAUUCAGAAUGCAAAACGGCAAUCAGUACACAGACUAUCCGGCGCCGGCAGGAGGCGGCACGCAGCUCCCGCCAAUAAGCACUAGUCUCGGCCGCCCGCCGCCGCCCCGCAUGGUGGCACCGCCGCCCACAGUGAAGCAGCAGCACCCGUACAGCUUCGGGUUUCACACCAGUUCAGUGACUGAAAACGCACAGACGCAGCCAGAGCUGUAUACAGAGGUGCCCAGAUUCUACCCGGGUCCCAGCGCCCUGCACCACCUGCACCAGCGGCAGCGGCAGCAGCAGCAGCUCCACCAGCCCCCGGUAAAGCUGCUGCAAUCGUGCGACAGCUGCCGACGGCGCAAAAUCAGGUGCUCGGGCGAGAAAGCCAAUGUGCUCGUCGUGUAUCCGGUACCAGGAGGUGUGCCAUUACAGCCCGCUGGCCACGCCCAGGAGAAGGGCGGGCAAGAAGAUCAAAACCACCAGCUCGGCCACACCAAUAGAGAGCCCCCGGAUCCAUCCACCGCCAUCGCGGCUGCAGCAACACAAGCACGGAGAAUGCGAGCAGAAGCGUCGAGCCCUCGGAGGCGCCGUCGGGCAGUGGGGCUGCGACCGAGGAUGGCGCGGCGUGGAGCACCGAGGCAUCACAGAUGCGCAGGGAAAUCCAGGGGUUGGCAAGCAAAGUCGAUCAGCUGAGCGGCAAACUUGACCAGCUGCUGGGAUUGGCUGGCCACAAGCGCCCGCACGCCAAUAGCGUGUCCGAGUACGAUGAGGAGGAAGAUGAGGAGCAAAGGGCCAGUACAGCGCCAUCCGAUCCUAUGGCUGGGCUGGAUCCGGUAGACCAGCG